AUGCAAAUAAACCAAGAGGAAUAUCUAGAGAUCAAGGAAGAUAAUAUUGGCUUCACUGAUGAUAAUAGAAAAGAUCCAUCACAACUUGAAUAAGUCAUCUUUAGCUCAGAGAAAAAGCAAUCUCCAAAGAAUAAUUUUCUAAAUCUUUCUUCCAAGCAAAGCUCAUCAUUCAGAGACAUGAACAGCGGGUUCUCAAUUGGUAAAAUGAGGCAAGAAACCAGAAUGAGCAGAGAGCAUAAACACAAUUGGAGAUAAAUGCUAACUCCCCACUAGAUGAAUGACAUUUCUUAAAAUGACUACAAUACUAAUAGAGAUAUAACUAGGCCUUCAUAAUCCCCUAUUCAGAGAAUAUUGGGUACAGAUUAAAGUAGCAGUAAAGGAGAAGAGUUUUAGACUCAUGAUUUAUCAGACGGAGGAUGCUUUGUAGGAGAGGGCCUUAACAAUAUGAAAUCUUUUAAGUCUGAGGAAGAGGAACUAAAGGACUCUAUAAUUUCAUACAGAAUCAUGAACUCUUAACGCAAUGUGAUGUCCAUCAAUUCAAAUUUGAGAUCAAUGCUUCAAACUCUAAAAGGCAAUGAAUUGCAGUUCUUUCAAGAUCUUGAACGAAAGUAUUUUUAAAAUGCCUAGAAAAGAGACAAUUCAAGUUCACCUUCUCUUCAAUCUAACUUACAGCAUUCUGAUUCUAACAUUAUUGAUCAGAUCGAAGGUAUUUCUUAAGCAAGCGAAUCAAGAUCUUUUAUUGAGAGAUAAGGCUAGAAUACCAGUAGAUUCUAGGAUCAGGAGAGCGCUAAUGAGAUUCAAGAUAGAGAUUAAGAGAGACAUGAGAAAUAUGGUGUUCAGUUCAAUCUGUAAAACUACUUUAAGGAGUUUAAUGAUCAAAAAUAGCAACAAAAGUUGAAUUUACUUCAAUAGAAUUCUCAAUAUCAAGGAUCUAUAAGAGAGGAGGAUCAAGAUUCAAAUUAAUAUGAAGGAUCACCAUUGAUGUCAGAAUUUAAUCUCUCUCCAGGCAUAGCCAGAAGAAGAUUUGAUGAUAGAAAUCUCAGUCCCCCACUUACGAGCCAAAUAUUUCAAAGUAGUGAUUCCAGUAAUCCUGUUUUAAUUAGCAACUAAGACACUCUAGGCACAAAUAGUUAAGUUCAACCCUCUUAGUCACUUAAUCAGCAUAAGUAAUAAUUAAACAUAGAUUUGGAGUAGUUAAAAAAAGAUUAUGAAUAAAAUUUGAAGGCAUCUGAGGAGCUUCAUAAAUAGUAAGUGACUAUGGUUGAAGAAGAUGUGCUUUAAACUUAUAGAAAUAAUUGUGAGAUGGCUAGACAAUUUGUCCAUUCUACUAAUUAGUAAUAAACUAGCAAAUCCUUUAAUUCAUAAGUUGAAAACAACAAUUUUAUAAUUCUUAGCAAAUCAGAAUCAAGCAGAAAUAACACUCCUGAUGUUUAUUAAACUGCAAAAUGGAAUAAUAUUGCUCAGAUUGGUGAAAGUUUUUAAAAUACAAUUAACAAUCAUAACAAUCUCAAGGAAUCCCAGACAAAGUAGAUCGUUGAGAGUUAACUUUCAAACAAUGAAAAGAUUAUAUUUGAUCAUAGAUAAUUAGAGAGCUAGAGAAGUUCAAACUAUCAAAGCACUGGAAGUCGAAAUGGCAAUGGCCAGCAAGUAAUUAGCUUUAAUCAGUCUAGUUCAAAUAGAAAUAUAUAUCUUUUUGAAGAGAAUGUAGAACUUAAAAAUUACUUGAAGAGAGCUUAUUAAUGUGUUGUAAAGUUUCUUAAUUGCACCGACUAAUCUAAACUAAAUUCUGACAUGAUUAAUGAGCUUUAAAUAUUUGCAGAGUUAGAACAGAGGAAAAAAGAUUGGAUAUUCGAAAAUUAAUAAAAGCAUUUCAAUCAAUAAAAUCUUCUAAACAUCAGAGAAGGCUAAGAGUAUGAAUCAUCUUAAGAAUCUUAGAAAUAGUUUCUAACUAAGUCAUCAAACGAGGGAUAAUAAAUGCAGAGAUAGUAAAAUAAAGAAAAUCAUAGCAAUUCAAGAAAUCAUUAGCAUAAUUUUAGCCAUCCAGUUCAAAGUCUAUCAAGAAAAGAAAAGGAUCAAGGAAUGCUAAACAAUCAAAUUCAGACCUAUGAAAUUUAAUCACAGUAGCAUGAUUCAAAUAACAAUAAUACACCUCAGUAACAGUUUUAUGAGGUCUAGAGUAUAAAUGAAGAAUCUCAAGCCAGCUCAAUCAAAUCUAACUUAUCAGGAAUAAAGCAGAACUUAAAAGAAACCAAAAAGAGCCUACUUCAAGCUAAAAAAUUGCUGUUUUAGGAGAAAUGUAUUAAUAUCGACCACGAAAAAUAAAUAUAAGAUCUACAUUCAUAGAUGGACAAUAUUAAAUCAUAGGUUAAGCAGCUAGAACAGUAAAGUUUCUAGCAAGUUAAUCAUCCAAUGAGUUAUAUGCAAUCCUAGGAUUACUCAAAUUACAUUAAUGGCUUUAAUAGAUAGAACUUUAUGAGUGGGAUAUAUUCCCCAAUGAAUUAAAUGUAAACUACAUAAUGCAGCAAUUGCCAAAAAUCUACUUAGUGUACAAAUUAAAAAAGUGUUAGUUUCCCAUACAGUCCAAUCUUUAUGGGUACUUUUAGCAAAAAUGCAAGCACCUUGAAUAAGAAAUAAAAAAGGUCUAAAUUUUCUUAGGAUGACUCAUUUUUGACUUAGAAAGAUGAUUCUAGGAAUGAGGAGAAUGAGUACUCCUUUUUAAAAGAUGAGGCUGAAUUAUUAAUGUCAGAAAAGUCUAAAUAAAAGACAUUAACUCUUUAAAGUCCCACUCAUUUUAGACAUGAUACAUUCUAAAUGCCAAACUUUAGUGAUAAAAAGUCUGAAUACACUGAGACAAAGUUAAAAGAUUUGGAAUCUGUAAAUACCAAGUUAAAGCAGUAAAUUGAAGAUAAUAUUAGAACAUUCACAACUAUUCAGUAAUAACUAGAUGAUAAAGAAUGUGAGCUGAAAAAAUGUUUUGACCUAAUAACUUAGCAAAAGUCACAAAUUUAAACUCUAAAAACUUAAUUGAAAUCUACCAAUAACUCUCUUUAGUGUCUCAUUGAGAACUAAAAGUAAUAAGAGGACCUUCUACUUGAGCAGAUCCAGAAAUUCAAUCACGGCUAGGAGGAGUUAGUGACUAUUAAACAGCAUUAUCAUGAUUGCAGAAAUCAGCUUGAGUAUUUCAAGAGCAGAUAUGAGUCUUUCACUAGAGAAGCUCAAAAUUAAUCUAGAAAUAGUUCGACUUGCACCCUUGUUUAGCACAGUAGUGAGAAAAAACCAAUGAAUCAGGGAAGUCAUCACUAUCUUUUGAUGACGCCUUCAGAGUAAAAAAUGAUAAUCACUAACAAUCUAAGCACCAAGGCUUAAACUAAGGAAUAGUAAAACUCAUAUUCUUAUAACUAGAAUGACUCUCAAAGAGAUCUACUAAACAACCACAUUAUAAGUGAAAGAUCAUCGAAGGCGGGAAGUAUGUUUUUAAAUUCAGUCAACAGAGCUCCAGGGACCAUUCAUCAUUAAAAGCGAAACACAGCCAGUUUUAGUUCUCCUAGUGAAUUCUAGCCAGGUGCUAAUGGUUACGAUGAAUAUGAGGCAAUUGUGGUUACUGAUGGAGACUGUGAAAAUGAAUAUUAGAGCGAGAGUAUCAGAAAAUUCUAGGAAAUAAGAAACAAAGUCAAUGCUAAAUUUGGAUAGAUAAGUCAGUUAAUUUAAGAUAAACACCAAUCAAAUGACAUGCAUUAUCUGAGAAAUUAAGAUUACUAGCUUCAGCAAUAUCAAGAUGAUUAGAAUAGGCAAAGUAAUAUAAUGGUUGACGGGGUUCAAUCAUAGCUCAGAGUAUUAUCAGCAACUGAUCUUGAAUUUUUCAACAGCAUUACCUAAAAUCAAAUGUUGAGGGAAAUUCCAAGCUCAAGAUAAAGUCAAGGAUUCAGUACUGGAUCGCAAGGUAUAAAAAUGAGCAACCGAAGGUCGCCAACUGUGAUAGUGCAUGAUCAAUACAGUGACAAGGAAAAUCUUAGCAAUGCUAUGUACUAUGAAGGGAGACUCCAAAAUAGUAGUCUCUUAAAAUAUUCAGGGGAUACAUUUGUAUGA